AUGCGUCAGAUGGAGGCAAAAAUGGACUCGAUGACCUCUCAAGCAGCGGCGGUCAGUAAUGCAGACGGCCUGGCUGGACGUCUGCGUGAGGAAAACACACGACUGUGUGCCUCGGUGGUGAUGCUUGAGGAGCGCAUUAAAGAGAUUGAAGCGCGUCAUCAACGCGACCUCGAGAGCGAACGCUCGCAUUUGGACGCCCUCAUGGCACGUUCAAAGCGGACCUACGAAGCAGAAAUUGAGAAUUUGCGAGCUCGCUGUCAGAAACUCGAGGCUGACCUCUCCGAAGCCACCAUUAACCUGGGCAAAACUAAAGUUGAACUGGAUAGCGCAAGAGCGGAGGGCAAGCGGACAUCAGAAGCCCUACUCGAUGCUCAAGAUAAGAUCAACUCCUUGACCGACCAAAUCAGCAGCCGCUCUAAUGCAGAGAGUUGGGAGUUGCAGAAGGCCAUUGCUGAUCGCGACAGCGCAUUAAACGCGCUGAAAGAAGUGAAUUCGGCUGUGGGUAACGGGCCGAGGGGUUCCAUAAGCAUGGAUACGGUGGCGCGGUUGGAAGAGAUGCAGCAAAUCAUCCACAGACUGAAGGAGGAUAACAAGAACCUAACAAAACAGGUGCGGGACGCUCAGGAGGAGUCCUGGUUUAACAACCUCCGCGAUGGACAAAAACUCCUCUAUGAAACAGACAGUACAUUAGAAGCAGAAAUGGACAUGUUGACUAAAGAAGAGGUUGUUAAACUGCUGACGCAAGAAAAACACACAAACAACCAACUGCGCGCCUACCUAAACACGCUUCUUGAGAAGAUCAUGCUGAAUUACCCCGAAUUGCUUGAAACCAAGUAG